CAUCGGAAAACAACAGUGAAAAAGUACCGCAAUGGCAGAAAGCUAUCGGAGGAGGCAUUUAAAAUCAAAGAGAAAAUCUGAUGCUUUGGUAUUUUUGUCAAACAUUCCACUUGAUGGUCCUGGUCAUGACGUUCUAACAUUGAGGAAUUCAGAAAGCUUAGGAAAAAUUAAAGACCGAGUCCGGAGUGAAGAAGAAUUUACAAACAAUCAAAACAGGCAUGGGGAUGGUCCUGAUGAACAUCAGAUCUCCAGCAGGGCUAGGGCAAGGCAUCAUGUUGGGUCUGAGGAGGUUUUAGUCCACCGAGUUCAGGACGAAGCAUGGGACAAGGCGCGUGAGGCUGAGCAUACAAGCUUAACGCGUGUCUUUCAAAGACGUAAUACUAGAGAAGAAAUUGAAGAAAGUAACUUCGCCGAUUUGCAGAAAAAUCGUUCACUUUCAGUUCAUAUUUCUCAAGAAAAAGGCUUAAUUUCAGCAGUGUCACCAGAUAGAGUACCAUCAUUGUCAUCAUCAGGUGGUAGCAGUGGAAAUGUCAGGAUGGUUUUGAUUUCGAAUCACAAGUCGCCAUAUGCAAUAUUUUCAUUUUUAUCGUAUAAUAAGAGGUUGAGAGCAUCAACAGGCAGAUAUGAAAAUGAAUCCAACAUAAAUUUGAGAUCUCGAACCCGAAAACAUUCUGGCAUUCACCAAAUAUCUGUAUCAGAGGAUUUGUUAGUAGGUUUGAAUACCGUGGAGGGUGAUGGCAAGACUGUAUCUUACUGUCAUUUUCUGGUACCUACAAGAGAAAAUUUACAUAUGCAGCAUAUGCAGCCAAAGUAUUUCGGAGGACAAGAUAUAUCAACCUUACCACUGCCACAUUCGCCAGCAGUUAAAAAGUUCACAACACACCCGCUGAAAACUGCAGGAUUGCCACCCUCGCCUACAAAAAUUGUCGAUGGAGAAAAUAUAUUUCAUGAUGUUUUGUCUGUUGGGCAUCUGUAUGACCCGAAUAUAGUGGAUGACCCUGAACUGAGUUCUGGCAAACAUAAGAAGGUGCUCACUUUUCCAUCAUACAUGGUGUCGAUCAUAGAGCAUACAAAACCAAGUGAACUUAAGAAGGAUUUGAAUGAACAAUUUGCAGACCGUUUUCCACACAUCAAUCUUACAUUGAGUAAACUCAGAAGUAUAAAAAAAGACAUGUGGAAGAUUUGUAUGGAUUGUAAUGUGGAACCUGCCAUUUUGGCACAAGCAUAUGCCUACUAUGAAAAAUUAGUUCUGAAUGGAAAAAUCCAAAAACAAAAUAGAAAACUUUGUGCCGGUGCAUCAUUGCUGUUAUCUGUCAAAUUAAAUGAUGUUAGGAGAUCUGAUUUAGACAGUAUUGUCAAGGAGAUAGAAGAGCGUUUCCGUGUCAGCCGAAAAGAACUGUUCUCCUAUGAAUUUCCUGUCCUAGUAGCACUAGAGUUCUCAUUACAUCUUGCAGAAUUUGAAAUUUUGCCUCAUUAUAAAAGAAUCAUCCAACUUACAUAAAACAAAUGUUACAGUACAGUUUAUUCUUUUAAAAAAAAAUUGUACAGUACAUUAUGUCUAUUGUAUGGAUUGUCUUUUGGGAAAGGGCUUUCACUCAAUUUAUUUCGCUUUUGGAAUUUUUAUAUAUAUCUGGUUUUAAUGGAAGGGUUGUAAAUUUCUUGUUAGUCUUGGGAGGCUUUCAAAAACAGCAGUUUAUUUCACUUUCUCUAGCAUGCAAAGGAUUUGACUGGCACUUUUCAUACUGAUUUAUUGUUAUACUUAUUGUUAUACUGUACAUAAAAAGCAUCAACGUAAUACUUUUUAGGUCAGUUUUGAGCUGAUAUCAAUGAUCGCCUUUUAGAUUUGUAAUCAUCCAAAAAUCUGGUCUGGAAAAGUUAAACAUACAUUCAACCCUCCUUGAAUGGCAAUUCCCCUCCUACAGUACCACUGGAUUAAUAAGAAGGCAUGCAUUAUGUGCAGUACGUCAGGUUUGCAAACUUUGAAUACUGCGCAAGAGAAUCUUGCAUGGUUUAAAUAGAACAGAGUAACAUUCGUUCUGUUAAUGAUGUAGGCCAAACUUAUCCUUUACCACUGUGAAUUUCAAUGUUAGAUUUUAAUCAUUUUCGUUUUCACAACCGAAAUAACAACAGUCUGUAUGAUCACUAAUUGCAUACAAUACAUGUACUGUACAGUACUGUAAAUGACAGCUUUUAUUGCCAUUGUUGAAAGUCACCAGCAUAUUAUAUAUAUUAUAUAUCAAUUUUCAAAAAUCGAACUGCACAUAAAAGAUACUAUAUAUGACAUUGUGUUGUAACAGUUAUUAAAAGUUAUUCUCAACUUGUACUGUACUACAUUAGAAAGGCUAGUAUUGUAUAUUAUUAAUGAAAGAAAUGACAGGAUACAGUACUGUAUUUAAUUUGCUUAAAAUACAAUUUAUGUUUGGACCACACUGUAUUGCCAUUUUAAUAUGGCUUGAGGAAAAAAAUAAAAUUGUCAUUGUGGAGUAAUGAAACAACAG